AUGCCAAAUCUUUUUAGUAAGAUCUGAGGUCAAAUUCUAAUGUUUAUAAAUACUUUUAAAAAUGAUUUACAACGUUUUAUGGCACAUUUUCAACUAGCAAUGCAACAGUCUGGAACGUUUUUACAGACGCAACAUUUGAUUAUUCUUCUAAAGGCAUCUCAGUCUUCUGGUAAGGCUGACACUAGGCCUCGUGAGUUGGCUGUUGCCUCGAGCUGCAGCUAUGGACAUUGAGGCGAGGCAUCGUCCUUUCUCCCCAGAGACCUCACCAUGCUGAACAAUGUCUUUGACGUGUUAUACAUGAUUCUGGAGCUGCUGAUUGCCCUGCUCUCCAUCCUGGGCAACGUGUUGGUCUGCUGGGCCGUGGCCCUCAACAGCAACCUCCAGAGCAUCACCAACUUCUUUGUUGUUUCGCUGGCCGUGGCGGACAUUGCUGUGGGUGUGCUAGCCAUCCCCUUCUCCAUCGUGAUCAGCACUGGUUUCUGUGCCAGAUUCUAUGGUUGUCUGUUCAUCGCCUGCUUCGUCCUAGUGCUGACCCAGAGCUCCAUAUUUAGUCUUCUGGCCAUCGCCAUUGACCGCUACAUUGCUAUCAAGAUCCCAUUACGAUACAACAGCCUAGUAACCGGGCAGCGUGCCAAAGGCAUCAUAGCGAUCUGCUGGGUUCUGUCAGUUAUCAUCGGUCUAACGCCCAUGCUAGGCUGGCACAAAGCCCGCUCAGAGAAGCACAUCAACAGCACCGACUGCCCGCCUGGCAUGAUGCAGUGUUUGUUCGAGGAAGUGGUGGUCAUGGACUACAUGGUCUACUUCAACUUCUUCGCCUGCGUGCUGCUGCCUUUGCUUCUCAUGCUGGCCAUUUACCUGCGGAUCUUCAUGGCUGCGCGCCACCAACUCAAAUGCAUCGAGUCCAAGGCCAUGCCGUGCGAGCUCAAGUCCCGCUCCACCCUGCAGAAAGAGGUCCAUGCCGCCAAGUCUCUGGCCAUCAUCGUUGGCCUGUUUGCUGUGUGCUGGUUGCCGCUGCACAUCAUCAACUGUUUCACUCUGUUUUGUCCUCAGUGUGAACGGCCACCCGUUCUUAUCAUGUACCUGGCUAUAAUCCUUUCGCAUGCAAAUUCGGUCGUGAACCCUUUCAUCUACGCCUACCGCAUACGUGAGUUCAGAUACACCUUCCGGAAGAUAGUACGCUAUCACAUCUUGGGCAGACGGGAGCCUCUUUCUUGCAAUGGGAGCACCCGAACCUCAACCCGAACGAGCGUGGCAGAUUCACUUCGGAUUAAAGUCAACGGCCUGGUGCGAGACCUCUACACCGAGCAGAGCAGCACCACCAGCAGCUGUGAAAGUGCCGAACCCGGCCACACGCACAGACCUGUUGCCACGGAAAACUCCAUAUUAGACAACCGGCCUAUGGAACUCACUAAUUCCCACAGACAUCCGGCUCUGAGGCAUCCAGAGUCGCCGCUCACUGGGAAUAAUGAGGGCAUUGCGUGCAGGAAGCAUGCUGUAUUUGACAUUACUGAUGGGAAGGAUCUGUCCUCACCACUUCACAUUAAAUCAGCCCUGUACCUGCAAACAGCCAACUGUGUUGAACUCACUGAGGUUUCCUGAUAAAUAAUGCUGUCCGAAUAAUGGAUUCAAAUUAUUUAUUUGCUGCUCCGAAAGA